UGCUGAGUGACUGCAAGUGCGCCGCGAUGGCCCGCUCGCUCCUCCUCCUGGCCCUCUGCGGCCUCGGGGCGUCGUUCACGACGUCCCGGAACGCCCUUAGCGUCGCGCCGGUCCGACAAACUGCGUCCGCGGCGCCGGAGAUGAAGUUCCGCGUCUGCGAUAUGACGGGCAAACGCCGCAACGCGAAAGCGAUGACCGUGACGUUCUCCCACACGCGCAACCACAAGGUCCAGAAGGUGAACCUCCAGGAUCGCCGCCUCUGGUGGUCCGAGGGCAACAAAUUCGUCCAGAUGCGCGUGUCGACGAAGGCGCUGAAGACGAUCGCGAAGUACGGCCUCGGCAAGACGGCCAAGAAGUACGACGUCGACCUCAACGAGUUCGCGCGG